AUGACCACACCUCAUCUAAAUCCUACUUCAACUUCAUCCAGUACAACCUCAUAUUCAUCCACUUCUUCCGCAUCUUCUUGCUCAAUACCCAUACAUCCCACCGAAUGCUCCAAAAAUGCUAGACGUCACCGUGCAGAUACUGCAAGUCUAAAAGAAUACGGUGAAUGCUACAGACGACUCGGACAGGGCACCACUGCUGUCGUCAUGGUGGUUCGUCAGCUUGGUGAGGAUGGUAGAUCAGAAAAACUGUAUGCGAUCAAACAGUUUAGAAAGAAAAGAAAGCACGAGAGCGAAAAAGAAUACAUGAAGAAACUGACCAGUGAAUUCUGUAUCUCAUCUACCUUUUCUCAUCCCAACGUGAUAGAAACGAUUGAUCUCGUCUUGGAUGAACGGAAACGGUAUUGUACCGUGAUGGAAUAUUGUCCCGGUGGUGACUUAUUCACAUGCAUCAUGGCCGAAAGAAUGACAGAACUUGAAAAACUGUGCUGUUUCAAACAAAUGCUUCAAGGUCUAGCUUAUCUCCACUCUAUGGGCGUUGCUCAUCGUGACAUCAAGCCUGAGAAUCUUUUGCUUACUAUGGAUGGCACAGUCAAGAUCACUGAUUUUGGUGUAUCUGAUGUCUUUCGCUUCCCUUGGGAAUCCAAAGGUCGUCAAAGUCGUGGUCUGGUCGGUUCAGAACCUUAUAUUGCACCAGAAGCUAUCGAGAAUAAAGAAUAUUGGGGACAUCUUGCUGACGUUUGGUCUGCCGGUAUCGUCUUUUACUGUAUCUGUGUCGGCGGACUUGCCUGGCAUAUUGCCAAGAAAACCGAUCACUCAUACGCCAAUUAUCUCCGAGCACUGGAACAACAGAAACUUUACGAAUUAUUUCGCCCUCUUGGUGCCAAUGAGCGCCGUAUCAUCCAUCGCAUGCUUGAUCCUAAUCCUUCUACCCGUAUCACCAGCUCUGAACUGUUGGAAGAUGCUUGGAUCAAGUCAAUAUCCGUUUGUAAUAAUAACUCAGUAGACGACAUGAAUCGAGUUCAUAAGCAUACAGAAGGUGUUCAACCCGUUUGCACUCUAAGCAAAAAAUAA